AUGCAUGGAGAUGGGUCUGAUCCUGGCUCAGAUACUGGUGAAGGCUCAGAUUUGGAGUCAGAGGUUAACGAGAAUGCAGAAAACGAAGACGUUUAUAAGCAAAAGAUACUUGCCGAACUUACCUUUGCAUCACUAACCCUCAAUGUUGACAACAUGUCUCAAGUGUUGGGUCUUCUAGAACUUAAAGAAUAUGAGGAAUACAUGGAUGAAAUAUACGCAGAGGAAACCCAUGCCAUUCACAGCACUAUUAAGAUUUGCUCAACCAUUAAAGUCCCCAAUGCUGCAGGUCACCAAUGA